ACCUGUUGUGGGCGCGCACCUGUGAGGAAGCAGAAACAGAACAACACUAGGGUCGAGCUGAGAGUGACCCAAACCGACCCGUGAGCAGCUGGACAUGAACCCGUGCAGCAAUCCACGAGUGGACCUUUAGGAUCUGCGGACGUUUGGAGUGUCAGGAUGAUGCGUUUCCUGUUGCUGUUCAGCCGUCAGGGCAAACUGCGACUGCAGAAAUGGUUCACGCCUCUCAGUGAUCGAGACAAGAAGAAGAUCAUAAGAGACGUCACCUAUCUUGUGCUGGCACGACCUCCAAAAGCCUGCAACUUCUUACAGUGGAGAGACCUAAAGAUUGUUUAUCGCCGUUAUGCGAGUCUGUAUUUCUGUUGUGGUUUGGAGCAGGGAGACAAUGAGCUCAUCACACUUGAACUCCUGCACAGAUACGUCGAGCUGUUGGAUCAGUAUUUUGGCAAUGUGUGUGAAUUAGACAUCAUUUUUAAUUUCGAGAAGGCGUAUUUUAUUCUGGAUGAGUUUGUCAUUGGUGGAGAGGUGCAGGAAACAUCCAAAGCGUCUGUGGCCAAAUCAUUAGAGGAGGCUGAUUCUCUUCAAGAGACGAUGGAGGAGUAUAUGAACAAACCCACAUACUGAAGAAACACCUUCAUCAUCUGAAUCUGCACAAAAUCCAGGACAGGACAUUCCUGCUUUGGACGUUUUGGAUUUUUUUAUUAUUAAUCAUUUAUAAUUGCACUAAACAGAAAACACUUUUACUGCAUUUAAGAUUGUAAGAAUGUUAUUGUUAAAUUAUACAAGUGUUUAUUACAAAUGUAUUAUUUGUAAUACAUACUCACUAGGGUGAAUGUGAACAUUUCAAUCAACCAAUCAGAAACUAGUCAAUUUUAGGUUUAGAUUUAGGAUUGAGUAAAGGGCUUGUAUACCAUUCUUGCUAAACUGUUAUUUUCCUCUGAUUUGAGGGAUACUGUAAUUGAUGGUUAGUUUGGAUAGGACAUGUUUCUUUGACAGGAGUGUUGAUCCAGAAAUACAUCUUACUUAAAAUGACAGGAACCAAAACACAAAAACACUGUUAAGGGUUUUAGACAUCUCUUCUUGCAGACAGUGACUCAGAUGUAGUGUUUGAAUUGAGGAGGGGCUGGGGUGGUCCAGGGCUCCCCUGGUUUUUAUUAAAAUUAAAAUAUUACAUGAAAAUUGUUGUGCUGCGCUGCCACAAAGCGAUACUGUCCAUUAUUUGUCCCAAUUUUGCAAUAAACUAAUCCAAAAGA